AUGGUGGUCGGUGCUGGUGGAAGUUAUCUUGCAGCUUAAAGUUGUUGUCGACCAAACAAGUCAGUUUGCACGAAUCGAGCUGAAAAGUUCAUUGUUGGGGGAGUUUUUCUGGUUUAAUCUGGGGAGGAUUGUACAGCAGCCUGUAUCACAUGCUCAGGCUGAGCCGCAACGACGGAGCGCAGAGAUCUAAUGUAACAACACCGGGGCAAAGAAAGUGUUUCCCUCAGCCUGGGCGGUCUGAGCGGUCCGGAGCCGCGAUACACGGCGGUGUUUUCGGAUGUGUCUGCAGAGAACGGCCUGCAUGCACUUCUGUUUGAGCGUGUAAGGCGAAGGAGAGACUCUGGUUCCCGCUCGGCCAUGUCUUACAGCCAGCGUGCUCUGGUGGUGCUGGCGCUGCUCGGCGUUUUGUCCUCAGUAAUGUCCGUCCUGUCCGUGUUCCUCAUCUUCCAGCUGCAGGCUCGGCAGGGGAGGGACUCGCUUUCCGUGGUGCCGAGCGAGAUCUCGGCGGUUUUAAUGCCAGUCGCCGUCGUGCUCUCAGCGCUUUCUCUCACUCUCAACUUCUGCUCUGUCGUCGUGUGUCUGCUGCACAGCUACUUCACUACCGAGAUAUGCCGAGGAGAGGAAGACACUCAGAGAGCUGACUGGUUUCUGUUGGACAGCAGGUCUGUCCGGCAUGUCGCCAUUGGAUUGUUCUGCCUUGGAAUCUCUGUUUAUCUGGGAGCUAUGGCUAUCUACAUGUUGCUCGUGUUCGAGAUUGAGACGGGAAUAGCCAGCGUUUGUGUACUCUCCUCCGGUGUACUGGUACUGCUGGUUAUAGUGGCUCACUCGCUGUUCCGGGCUGCGCGCACAGCCAAGCAUUUCCGCAACCAACAUGUCAACACUGUGUACCAGAACGACCCUGAGAGUAGUCCUGGCAUUCACACAUCAGAGCUUAGCUUCAGAGAGAAACCCAGGAGACAAGCCAGCAUGCACCGCCAGUUCCCCUACACACCCUCCGCUGAGCCCAAACAACAGUACUUGCCGCCGAGUGGCCCACACAGCCACUCCAGUGAAAGAGAGGCCUACAGUGGAAGUGGCCGGAUGCACAGGACCCUGUCUGCAGAGUCUGGCCUGCUCCAGGCACAAGCAAAGCCCUGGAACGGCGUCAACAAUGAGAUGAGAACUGUGCUGGCUCGCAAAGCCACAAGCAAAGACUCCACAUUAGUGUGAGCAACUGGAAACACAGAGUAGCUUUCAGUUUGACAUGUUAAGCUGUUGCUUCUUUUACUGUGCACAUAUUGUGUUACGUCGCCUGUACCGGUAUACUUAAAAAAUUGUAUGCAUACAUACCUAAUAUACCUAGGUAUACACCUAUAUAUAUGCCUAAUAAACGGUGUACCUACAGUACUGUCACAGACCACCCUUUAUAAAUUUAAUUUCCAAAUUUAAGUUUUCUAAAACUGGAGUUGAACAAAUAGGACUCCUAACAACUGUGCACGACCUGGUAGACCACCAAAACGCUCAGAUAAACGCUACAUAAAGCUUUUGUCUUUAAGAGAGCGGGGAAAAUCAAGCUCCACUCUUGCUUCAGAUCUGGAAAAAAAUCCACAAAUUUUUCUGUCCACCUUCCACUGUGAGAAGACAACUCAGCGCGGUGGGUCUGAAAGGAUGUGUAGCUGUCAA